AUGGCGGCGACAAACGAAGAACUCCAAGCAGCGAUUUUGCAGCUUCUCCAGCGGUUGGCCGUUCCACAAGCAACGAACCCAGAGCAAGUUUUGGAAUCCCUGUCGACGAACAUCAGCGAGUUCUGCUUCGAUCCGGAGAACGGUACCACAUUCGAAAAUUUGUUUGCUCAUUACUCGGAUUUGUUUGAAAGCGACGCACGAAGUCUGGACGACGCAGCAAAAGUUAGGCUUCUGCUCCGGAAGUUGGACACGCCCUCUAACAGUCGCUACGUCAACUACAUCCUUCCGAAACUACCAAAGGACGUAACGUGUGCCGAUACCGUCAAGACACUCACAAAGAUCUUUGGCAGACAGACCUCCGUAUUCCACAAACGCUACCAGUGCAUGCAGCUACUCAAGUCCGAGGCUGACGACAUAAUCACCUAUGGCGGAAAAGUCAACAGGGCAUGUGAAGAGUUCGAGCUCCAGAAUUUGAAGAUUGAUCACUUCAAGUGCUUGAUUUUCGUCUGUGGUCUAAAAGCACCACGGUACGCGGACAUUCGAGCAAGGCUUCUAUCCCGGAUUGAAGGUGAAACGGCUGAUGCUCCGGUGACAAUUCAAACUCUGAUCGAUGAGUUCCAGCGGCUCGUCAACAUCAAGUCGGACACUACGAUGAUCGAACAUCCAUCAAGUACGAAGAAUUCGGUCCAUAGCAUUUCGGAGAAGAAACCCGGAAACCAGCAUCGUCCACUGAAAACGGAAAGCAAGUCCACUCCUCGUACUCCAGUAUGUAACCGCAUCGGUCAUAAAGAAGGCUACUGUAGCUGCAUCAAGAAGUCUUCAAGCGACUCUUCAACUCAACCUCGAGAGAAGAAGCAGUUCCAGAAGAAGGCCGGUUCCAGAUCUCAAGCCAAGGGAAUUUUCGUGAAGCACAUCGCAAACAGCAACCGGAAACGCAAGUAUGUGACCAUCAACAUCAACGGUGUCAUGACUUCGCUACAACUGGAUUCUGCAAGUGAUAUCACGGUGAUUUCCAAGAAAACUUGGCAGCAACUGAGACAACCAAAGCUAACUCCAUCAUCGAUCGAAGCCUCCAACGCAUCUGGUGGACCACUCGCUCUCAUCGGAGAAUUCCAUUGUGAAGCAGUCCUCAAUGACAUGGUCAAACGUCGUCAGUGUUUCGUAACGUCAUCACCAGAUCUCAACGUAAUGGGUAUUGAUUGGAUCGACAUGUUCAACCUGUGGUCGGUUCCGUUCGAUACUCUCUGCAAUCAUGUUUCUGCUGUAUCCAGACCAUGUUUCGCCGAAGCUAGAGCACAGCUGCAAGCCGAGCAUCCGGCGGUUUUCGACGACUCGCUGGGACACUGCAAGAAAACCAAGGUAAACUUAUUCCUCAAACCUCACGCCAAACCAGUUUUCUGUUCGAAGCGACCAGUUCCGUUCAACACGAUUCCGCUGGUCGAUGCAGAAUUAACACGUCUUCAGUCUCUGGGAAUCAUCACGCCGAUCGAUUUCUCAGAGUGGGCCACUCCGAUUGUAGCAGUACGCAAACCGAAUGGUAAAGUUCGCAUCUGUGCGGACUACUCUACGGGACUCAAUGAAGCGCUUGAAGCAAACCACUAUCCUCUACCUACCCCGGAGGAGAUCUUCGCACAGCUCAACGAAAGCACCAUAUUCAGCAUCAUCGACCUUUCCGAUGCAUGCCUGCAAGUGGAAGUAGAUGAAGAAUCGAAGAAGCUCCUCACCAUAAACACGCAUCGAGGCCUCUUCCAAUUCAACCGGCUCGCUCCAGGGGUGAAGUCAGCGCCUGGAACAUUCCAAAGACUGGUUGACAGCAUGAUAGCCGACAUUCCUGGUGUUCGGUCGUUUCUCGACGACGCUAUCAUCUUCGGAAGAACCUGGGAGGAACACAAGGCGUCACUAGACAAGCUACUACAACGUCUAGAGGAAAAUGGGUUCCAUGACAAGCUGGAAAAGUGCCAUUUCUUCCAAACCGAAAUCAGAUAUUUGGGGCAUAUCAUCGAUCGAAACGGUAUCUGUCCGGAUCCAGAGAAGCUUCAAGCCAUCGCCUCUAUUCCGGCACCCACCAAUGUUUCCGAAGUGCGAUCGUUCCUGGGAGCCGUUAAUUUCUACGGCAGAUUCGUGCGCAACAUCCAUGAACUUCGUCAUCCUCUCGACCAAUUACUCAAGAAGGAUUCGAAGUGGCAGUGGAAUUCCGAUUGCCAACGGUCUUUUGAGCAAUUCAAGCAAGUCCUGCAGUCUGAUAUGUUGCUGACGCAUUACGACCCGAAGUUACCAAUCAUCGUAGCAGCGGACGCCUCCAGCACGGGCAUCGGUGCAGUCAUCUUCCAUGAAUUUUCGAAUGGAUAUCUGAAGGCAAUCCAGCACGCAUCAAGAUCCCUCACCCCAGCGGAGAAAGGUUACGGGCAGCCGGAAAAAGAAGCACUAAUAUAUGCGGUAACGAAGUUUCACAAGUACCUCGUUGGGCGCAGAUUCACUCUGCUCACGGAUCACAACCCGCUGUUAUCAAUCUUUGGAUCGAAGAAGGGCAUACCUUUGCACACCGCAAAUCGACUUCAACGAUGGGCAUUGAUGCUUCUCAACUACGACUUCGACAUUCGGCACGUGUCUACCAACGACUUCGGAUGCGCCGAUAUGCUGUCAAGACUCAUCGGCCGUUCUAAGCAGCAAGAAGAGGAGUACAUUGUGGCAGCGAUAUCCCUAGAAAAAGACAUGGUGAGCAUUAUUCAAAACACUAUCGAGCAGGUACCAGUUUCGUUCGCAGACAUCAAAAGUGCAACACAGGCAGAUGAACCACUACAAGCGGUGCUGCAGUUCAUUCGUGAGGAUUGGCCAAACGAUGCACAAUCAGUCGAAGAUCCAGAGAUUCGAGUCUACUUCAACAGGGUAGUCGUUCCGAGCAAGUUCAGAAGGCAAAUCCUGAAGCAGUUUCAUCGCGGACAUCCCGGCAUGGUACGAAUGAAGUCUAUUGCCCGCAGUUUCGUUUACUGGCCCGGAAUCGACAACGACAUCGAGAAUUUCGUCCGGCAAUGCACUCCCUGCUGCACUGCUGGAAAAGCACCAGUCAAAACAACGCUUGAAUCGUGGCCCAUCUUCGACGGUUUUGGCCUAGACGUACCAUCCGUUCCUGCAACGAUACCGGCUGCAGUGCCCGACGAACUUGGUCCAGUUGAUGAAGAGCUUGGAAGUGAUGAGGCGGAGUAUUUUUCGGAUGAUAGUGAGGCAGACAAUCCACCACAGCAAGAUCCAGUACCAGUUCCGCCAGCAACAAGGGAACGCCGGCAGACUCGUUUACCAGCUAGAUUCGAGGAGUACUGGAUUAAUUAA